AUGUCUGCGGUUUAUAAAGAUGACCAGGAAGACUGGCUCACGGUGUGUCUCAAAUACUUGCUUUUUGUCUUCAACUUUCUCUUCUGGUUGGGGGGAGCUGCAGUUCUGGGUGUGGGAGUUUGGACUGUGGUCAAGAAGAGUGACUACUUGAGUCUGCUGGCAUCCAGUACAUUUGCUGUGUCAGCGUAUAUUCUGAUCCUGGCAGGAAGUCUCGUGGUGCUCACCGGCUUCUUAGGCUGUUGUGCUGUGAUUCGUGAACAGAAGAACUGCCUCUCUAUAUAUUUCUUCCUGCUGCUGCUAAUCUUCCUAAUUGAACUUGUGGCUGGAGUUUUGGCUUAUGUCUACUAUCAAAGGCUAAGUGAAGAAUUAAAGCAGAAUCUUAGCAGUACUAUGACAGAGAACUACGCCCAACCAGAAAAGAAUGCCAUCACAUUUUCAGUGGACAGACUGCAGCAGGAUUUCAAAUGUUGUGGAAGUAACAACUCUCUUGACUGGGCGCUCAGUGCCUACAUAAUGUCUAAACAAUCAGAGGGCAGAGUGGUGCCUGAUAGCUGUUGCAAGACUAUCACUCCUUUUUGUGGAAAAAGAGAUCAUCCCUCCAAUAUCUACAAAGUGGAAGGUGGUUGUAUAACAAAGCUUGAGAGGUUUCUUGCAGAUCAUUUGUUGGUCAUCGGAGCAGUAGGGAUUGGAGUGGCAUGUCUGCAGAUAUGUGGGAUGGUGCUGACCUGCUGCCUGUACAAAAGGAUCAAGAUGGACCCUUACUGA